UACCCCUGGUCUUUAUUUCUCUCUUUCUUUCACGUACGAGUUAGAGAAAAGAAAUCCAUCAUGGCUUCCGAACCUCGUAAAGUUGUGGUUCAUCUUCGAGCUACUGGGGACGCCCCAAUUCUCAAACAGGCGAAAUUCAAGAUUGAUGGGUCAGACAAAUUUGUCAAAGUAAUUGAUUUUUUGCGCCGCCAGCUUCACAGAGACACGUUGUUUGUAUAUGUCAACAGUGCCUUUUCACCUAAUCCAGAGGAGUUGAUAACUGACCUGUAUAACAAUUUUGGUAUUGAUGGUAAACUGGUGGUGAAUUAUGCUUGCUCUAUGGCAUGGGGUUAACCAUCAUCUAUUAAUUGACAUUGUACAGCUAUACCCAAUUGAAAGAGUUGUAUACCUGUGAUUCUCCGACUUGAAGCGGGAGUAAUUUUGGACACUGUUGUCAGUUGUGGAGUUGUUUGAACUGGUACUCACAAGAGUGAAACAAUUUCGGCUACUAAUUGAUCCUUAGCAUGUUAUGUCAUGUCAACAGCAAGCAGAAUACAUCUUCAUGCUUCAACCUGAUUUUUCUCUGAUCAAGGCAGCUUCUUAUUGAUGUGAUUGGUUAGAUCAGCUGAUUGCUUAUUCUUUGGAGUAAAUUAUGCUAUAUGACCUGAUCUUUAUGUUUUGGAAAUUCUGUCCAAUGUCUAAUGCACCAAUGUUGACCUGUACCAUUA